AUGGAUGGCAUAGAGGCGAGCGAAGUACCCGAAGAGGCUUCUCUCCUCGAAUAUGAAGAGCUUUGCAAUGAGGUGCUCGAGUUGCAAGCUGAACUGAGAGCUGGGAAGAUCGAGGUCCAGCAGCUCCGGCUGCGUCUGUUUUCGGCCUCCAAAAGCUCCGCGUCGGGCGCCAGCGCCGUAGCGCCGGCGCCGGCACUCCCUGCCGUGCUGGAGGAACCUCGAGCGCAAGAGCUCCAGCGCCUCUUCAAGUGGCUGGCUGGCACCGUUGAUCUCAGCGAGUCUGAGAUUUUUGAUGUGGGCUUUGAGGUUCCCAUUGGGGGCCGGAGAGUUCACCUUCACCGCGUGGUGCAAUGGAUUCACAGAUUCAGCGGAGUCUCUCGUCUUGGCUUGAAGCCGUCCAAGCUUUUUAUGAAGGCAUUGGCGCUCAAGGAGCAUGAGCUUUGCAGGGGAUCUCAUCAAGACAAGUAUAGCACAAGUUUGACUGCGGCCCGCUACGCCAUGGGAUGUCUUGAGCCUCUGCUGCAUGAGCAUGGCCUGGCUUCACACCAAGCUGUGCUCACGGCCAGAGGCCUUCAUUGUGUGGAAGACUUGGCGCAGCUCAAUGAGGUAGACGUUGAUUACCUCAGAGAUGCCUUAGUGGAAAAUGGAGCCGACGGAAUUGCCUCGCGCAGGUUCUUGAGAGCUGCCAAGCCAACCGCCAUGCUGAAUGAGGAUUGCAUUCAUUUUUAUCGUCUCGCUGAGAGGAUCAAUUCUACAGAUGUCUCAGGUUUGGAAGAAUCCACCAUUUUGAAGAUUGAUAUUUACCCAUUCAAUGAACAUGCUGCUAGAUUGCAUGUGCCCGCAAACAUCCUAUCCCGGCUGACCCAAACCUCCAGUACAGAUCCCAUGCCCGUGGUUUCGUUGCUGGGGCCAACUGGAAGUGGCAAGAGCUUCGUUGCCAGCACUUUCUUACAGUCAAAGGACGGAGUCUUGCCGCUCGUAGCGAGUCCUGACCAGCAUGUGCCAACAUCAGUGCAUGUAUGCGUGCACAGAGCUGCGAUCCAUUCAGGUUCCAGGAAGUCGAGACCUAUUCUCUUGUUUGACUACGAGGGCGAGGAUGGACGAGUGCCUAAAACCUUGCUGGAGGUGGGCAUGAGAAGGCUCGACGUCUUGCGUAAGAUUGGCCUGACAGAGGCUGCACUGCAGCAGCAAUUGGAAGCCACAGCAGCUCGACGACAGGAAGUCAUCAAGGAGCGCUUGCCGCCAAUGGCUUACCUCUUGUCCGAUGUGGUGGUGUUCAUUGACACAGUAGAGCCGCGCAGGACUGAGAGGGUUGAUAGAAUCAGGCGCUUUGCAGAACAGGCCCAUCAAUCAGUCAACUCGAUGGCUUGGAAGCCUGCAUUGAUUCUUGUGCAGAACAAGUGGAUGAGGGAGACUGAGAGUGCAGCCUUCAACGUCAGUGACGAACUUGAUUGGCUCCAGGCAAAUUUGGCAGCGAUUUUUUCCAGUGUGAGCGUCUUGCGAAUUGCUCACGUCUCCCAGCACCAUUGGUUCGAGGCUAGCCUGAAUGAAUUUCACAAUGAACUCUUGAGAAUGGUCGACGAAGUCCAUCACUUCCGGCAAGAGCAAGGUGUGCUUUUCUCUGAGCGAGACUUGUGGUUCAGCUUUAAGCCCAUGGUGACUCAAUUCAGUGAUCCUGGCCAACUCAAAAAGAAUUUGGCAGAUUUUGUUUCAAGAGACCUUGUAUCCAUGAAUGCUGCUGAAAAUGCUUUGUGUGCAUUUAAAAGGCUGCAAGGCACAGCGCCAUCCCCGGACCCUGUGAAGUUUCACAGAAUUGUGGAACACGUCUUGCUGCGGUAUGCAUACAGCCUGGCAGGAGAGGCUCGCCGUGAUGGAAUUGAUGUUGAAUCUUCCAAGCAAAGGAUGCACGCGAUAUAUGAGAAGGCGGUUGGUUUUCUGGCAGGGGAAGAACCAUGUUCAGCCAACCUGUGCCAUGAUAUGGAUGGAAAGACCUACUGUUGCACACAACUCCGCACCGGUCACACGCAUAUGCACAGGAACCCGGCGCUCAUUCCCGUGCAAAGUGAGAACUUUUUCCUCAGAUUAUUCUUCUUUGGAUUUUGGCAGGAUUGGAAGCCUUGCGUUUGGCAAGGAGACUUUGAGACUGCGACUGAGAUGGCUCCCUCAUAUGAAAAGAUUGAGGAGGCUUUUCUUGACUUCUUGACGCAAGAUGUUAGCGCGUACUUGAAGUCUUCCCGGCUUGCACCAUUUGACGAAGACCAGCCUGAGUCCCUGGAGCAAUUUGACAUUUGCUCGCUUUGCCUCCGUGCAGAUUCUGAGCAAGUCUGCUUGAAGCAUCGCGAAUGUCGACAUUUUCUGUGUCGAAAAUGUCUUUUGACCCGCAUGAUGCUUCUCGGCCCUGACAACAGGACUAUUGUUUGCCCAUUCUGCCACAAAGAGUCUGAUGGACAAGCUCACUCCUCGCAUGAUGAGAGAAAUGGGAAGGGCUUUCGCAUUCUCUCACUUGAUGGUGGCGGCGUGCGAGGACUGAUUGAGGUCCUUGUUCUGAAGCGCCUUGAAGAGGUUUUCGACCCCUUGCCGAUCACCUCUUUGUUUGAUCUCAUCGUUGGGACCAGUGCUGGUGGCCUGGUUUCCAUGGCCCUUUUGACAGGAGUUUCACUGUCAACCUUGGAGGGAAAGCUGCAAAACUUGGCCGAGGAUUUUUUCUCAGUCAACCGCUUCCAAAAUGCUUGGCACAUUCUGACCAAGAUGAGCAUACAUUGUACAGAUUCACUUGGGGAAGUGCUGAAACACAUUCUUGGCGACAAAAACAUGGCAGAAUUCAGAGAAGAUAGACCUCCAUACAUUUUUUGGGUCGCCUGCGAUGUUGAGACAAUUGAGCCAGUGGUCAUUGGCAACUAUCCCAGACAUUUUGAAGGCACCAAAUCCUUGACAGCUUGGAAAGUCAGCCCUUGGUAUGCGGGGCUCUGUACUGCAGCAGUUCCCGGGUUUUUUGAUCCUGUUGACGCAAACCAGGGUGUAAAAACAUUGAGAGAAAAUGACGCUGAGACCAAAGAGUUUCAGCAGCGAAAAAUGGCUGAUGGUGGAAUUGUGGCCAACUGCCCUGCAGCCUUGGGUGUCAAGGUCGCAAGCGCUCUGCACGUUGGAUCAAAAGGUUUUGAUGACAUACACGUGGAGUCCAUCGCUUCCAUUGGAACUGGAUUGCCUGAACCUUCUGUGGUGGUGACAGAUAUGAAUCUGCUGACCUGGGCAAUGAAAGUCAUUGACAUAGCCACAGAUUCCGAGAAGCAGUGGAAGGAAGGAAUCGAAGAGAGAGCCGAACUUCAGUCCACGCCCCGAGUCCGAGUGAACCCUCCCAAGUUGGGCUCCCUAGCUGCUUUCCAGAGCACGUCCAUUCCAAAACUGCAAAAAGGCAUGGAGGAGUACUUCGCAUCAGAAUUGGGGAAGCAACAGAUGGGAAAACUCGUCCACAUGACUUAUGCAAAGCUUUGGGAAGUGAAGCAAGCCCUAUCACUUGUGGCAGGAGGGCCGGGCGUGAAAUUCAGCAUUGUGAUGCAGGAUCAUCGUUGUGAUUUCCAUAGUUUGGAGAUUGUGAAGCUGAAGGAGAUCAUUUGCAAGAGACGGCAAGGCCUCGAAGAGAAUCACUUGCAAGGCAACAGCGAGGAUGAGCUGUGCAGAAUGGCAAAGGAGGCAUUUGAAAGCAAACCUUUCCUUUUCGAUUUCCAAGGGACAUUUGGAUAUCGAUUUGCCGGAGUUGAGUAUGAACUGGCUGAUGGACAAAUGGAAUUCAACCUUGAGCACCACAAAGCUGGCGCCCCCGAAUUGGACGUGUUUUGGCGAAGUGUGCACGGUGACAUCUCUCUCAGACAAAUACAGUUUGCAGAGUGCCAUGUCUUGGUUGCUGGGCUGCACUUGACAGCUCCCUUGGAGCACCGAGAACCUCUUGGGAAUCUGCUGGCAUCAACUCGCAGCACGGGCAAGGUCGACACGGCCGCUUUGCUCCACUUUCUCGCUGGUUGGGAUCUCAUCGCUGGCGAAUUUGCGGCGUCCGGGGUGGCUGAACCUUCUGUCUUGCUGUCGCACAGAGAUUCGACCCAGGGAAUCCUGGUCGCCGCGUGGCCAACGCGAGAAGCGCUGCAGGUAUCUCGCGCUUGCUCAUCUUCCUUGCGGCUUGGAGAGCGAGUGGAGGUCGAAUAUGAUGGGCAGAUGUACCCCGGAGUUCUACAUGCCGUGGAUGCACAUGGGAUGGCAAGCAUCAGAUGUGAUGUGGAUCCUCCCGGUGUCAUGACUGUGACGCCGCUGUCAGUGAGCCUGGCACGGCCUUGGGCACCGAAAAACACGGGGGGGUUCCAUAAAUGGGGUACCCCAAUAGCUAGAUUUGGAUGGUUUAUAAUAAUGGAAAAAUCUAUUAAACAUGGAUGA